AUGGACGGCCAACUCCUGUCACACAUUGCAGCUCGCCUGGUUCAGUUCCUAUGCCUAGCGCCGCUGGCCCUCCUCUUCUUACUUCCUCUGCUCUGGCGCGGUGUGGGCGCCCUGCUCGGGUUGUAUCUCCGGAAGAAGGCGGAUGGACGUCGGUGCCAUAUUCUGGAGGUCGCCGAAGCGGAGGAAAAGCAGUACCGGCAGAACAGAAGGACCAGCAGCAGUAGUGGAGAAGCCGGGGACAGUGAUGGGUGGGAGAAGGUGGAUGCGGCGUUGGUCGGAACAGCCAAGAACGGGGCUAAGGGUAACGACGACUGGGAUGGCAUCGUGGGCUUCUUCCACCCCUUCUGCAAUGCCGGUGGAGGCGGAGAGAGGGUCCUCUGGGCCGCCAUCCGGGCUACACAACAACGUUGGCCUCGGGCUAAAUGCGUUGUCUACACUGGCGACCACGAUGUGACCAAGGACGCCAUUCUGGCCAGAAACCGGUUCAAUAUCCACUUGCACCCACCCACCGUCAACUUCCUCUACCUCUCCACCCGCCACUGGGUGCUGGCCUCGACAUGGCCGCGCUUCACCCUUGCUGGCCAAUCCAUCGGCUCGCUCAUCAUGGCUUGGGACGCCUUCUCGCUCCUCGUACCAGACAUUUUCGUCGACACCAUGGGGUACGCCUUCGCCCUUGGACUCUCCAAGUUCCUCUUUCGGGAUGUGCCUACAGCCGCAUAUGUACACUACCCCACCAUCUCGACCGACAUGCUCGAGUCCCUAAACCCGGCUUCGUCCGUUGGCAGGGAGGGCGUCAACGCCGGCCAGGGCGUCGGCGCAAGGGGUGCCGUCAAGAAGCUCUACUGGCGGCUCUUUGCCCAGGCGUACUCGCGCGUGGGCGCGUCUGCCGACAUGGUCAUGACUAACUCGACCUGGACGCAAGGCCAUAUCCAGAAGCUGUGGGGGCCAUUCAGGAAAAGCCAGGGCCCCAUUGCCGUCGUCUACCCGCCCGUUGCCGUUCGCGAACUGGAGAGUGAAGUGGAGGUGUCGCCCGCCACUGAGAGCAAGCGGGAAAAGGUGCUGCUGUACAUUGCGCAGUUCCGCCCAGAGAAAAACCACGCGCUAAUCCUGCAGUCGUUCGCCGAGUUUGUCAAGUCGGGCAGCGAGGCGGCCAAGGAUGCGCGUUUGGUCCUGGUGGGCAGUGUAAGGGAUGAUCAUGAUUCCAAGAGGGUAUACCAGCUGCGCCUGCUGGUCAAUGAGCUUCAUAUUCGCGAGCAAGUCGAGUUCCAUCUGGAUGCGUCGUGGCCUGAGAUUCUCGAAUGGCUGCGCCGUGCGUCGGUCGGCGUCAAUGGCAUGUGGAACGAGCACUUUGGUAUCGGGGUCGUAGAGUACCAGGCUGCCGGGUUGAUUGCGGUGGUACAUAAUAGCGGUGGCCCAAAGUUGGAUAUUGUGGUUGAUGUAGACGGAGAGCCGACCGGAUUCCAUGCCACUACCUCGGCCGAGUUUUCGGAGGGUUAUGAAAAGGCUUUGAGCCUCAAGAAUCCCUAUGCGGUUCGUCAGCGGGCGAGGCAAUCGGCCAAGAGGUUCACCGAGGAGGAGUUCGCCAGGCGGUGGAAGGAGCAGAUGGAGCUGUUGGUGACGCUGAGGGCCAAGCAGAGGGCAUGA